CUUUUCCUUUACCUUCCGCUUCUUCUUCCUCGUCCUUUUUUCUCCACUCCCAUCUCCUCCUCCUCCUCCUCCUCCUCUUCCUCCUCCUUUUCAUCUUUCUCCUCCAAAUCACUGUGGAUAAUUUACAAUGGAUGGCGAAGCGGUUCCGACGGAGGGUUCCGCCGUGAAGCCAGAUGGAUCCAGGGAGGACACCGGCAGCAGCCUUGAGACCAUCAAAAGCGAAAAGUGGACCAAUGAGAAGCAUACACUAUAUUUGAGAACCCUGGAAACAUCUUUCCUUGAUCAAUUGUACAACAACGAUAAAGCAUCAAGUGAUCUGCUUGGUUCCCUACCACUAGUGGCACCAAAGCCGACAAGGAAGUUGGGUUCGAUUACCAACUUCUUCCACUUGACUUGCCAGUUUGAGUUUCCCGGUAGAAGAUCACAGAACUUUGCAAGUAAAAGGGCACAAUUUGAGAUGAAGAAAGAGAUUAAGCAAUUGUUUAAGAAUCCAUGGAUUCAGCGUUUUACUUCUAGAGGUACAUUGAAUCGAGUAGAUUCAAAUGUGGUCAUAAAUCUCGCAAUGCCCUCAAGCAAUACAAGCCCAAAUCACAAACAGGCCGACUCUUCUCACAUUCCACGUCAGCAUCAUGAAGAAGUCUCUGAUCAGAACUUUGACAACAUCAAACAUGAAGAACAAAGCGACGCCCAAGCGACAAACAGUAAAAAAGACCAUACUGCGAACCCCACUGUCAAAGACAGCAGUUCCACCUAGGAUGCUCCUACCAUUGAUAAUGACAAAGAUUGGACUAUCGCAGGAGUAAAAGAACUUUGUGCUCACAGUGUACGGUGUACAUCUUUGUGAACCAUAAUUGCAGAAGAAUACCUAAUUUAUUAGUGAUCUAAUCGAGAUCUAGACUGGCGACACUGGUGUUUGUUACUUGAACCUCUUAUUUCUGCUCAUAUCCAUAAUUGCUGCAGAUGAUUUACAUCUUGAAAUUAUCAUACUUUAUAAAGUUGGAAUAAUAUGCAAGGCUUAGUAGUUUAAUUCAUACUUUUUUCCUACUCCAUAUCACUUGUUUUCACAGUUUCUCUCCAACAAUUUUGGAUCAAGGUUGAGGCAGAUACUACACUCAACUAAAUAUACCUCAAAUUUUCUCUUACAAUUUUUAUAUGCAUUUAUUUGAUAGGGUUCUUGUUAGUUGUAAGG